AUGAAAAUAGCUGGAAAACCUGAGAUUUCUAUUGUGUCACUUGUCAUCUUAAUUUCAUGUGUAAAAGAUGCCCAUGGUGUUAUGUCACAAUAUAAGUGGAUGUACUUUCAACCAUACGGAAGUACGGUGAAUCUCGAACCACUUUUUAACUACACGGAGUGUACUCGUCAAUCGCAGUGUUAUUGGAGAUUACCUGAUAAAUUUACUCGACUAGAUUAUCCAUUGAAUUCCAGUGUAACAUCGAAAUAUUCAAUUGCAUUGAAUGGGAUAUUAACUAUUAUUGAUAUUCAACCGAGUGAUAAUGGAAUUUAUCAUUUUUUUCAAUUGAACAACAGCGAAUGGAUUGUAUCGAAAUCGUUGUUAAAUCUGCACGGUGCACCAUUUGAAUCACUUUGGUUAGAGUAUUGGCCUAAUGUUGUCGGUGGCCUUGUUGCGAUGGCAGCUGUUUUUAUCAGCUUCGGUUUAAUUAUGUUCGCUAAUAAAUAUCGAUAUCGUUCACCGAAAACCGAAUCAACACGUCGUAUAUCUCAGCGACCGGGAACUGUAGCACCUCUUAAUCAGCCUGUUAUCAUCGAACAAGCUAAUCCAGUAUUUAUGCAUGAUGAUGAUGAAAAUGAUUUAAACACAACGCAAACUCGACGUCAAUCAACCAAUAGUAACGCGUCUGGUUUACGUGUUGCGCAAUUUUAG